UCUCUGCUACAGACCCAGAUUGCGGCGUCAAUGCUAUGGUGAAUUACACCUUGGGCGAAGGAAACACAAAGUUAAAGGAAUUCCAAGUGCGUUCUGAUAGUGGUGAAAUAUGUAUCAGUUCCUCACUGGACUACGAAACACGAAAUGUUUAUGAAUUUCCUGUUAUUGCUACGGACAGGGGUGGACUAAGUACAACAGCAAUGGUCAAAAUCCAAAUUACAGACAUCAAUGACAACAACCCGAUUUUCUAUCCAUCAGAAUACAACGUUUCGCUUCGAGAAAGCGGCGUAUCCUCAUCUGCUACCAGUCCAGUCGUUGUAGUCGCCGCCACAGAUUUGGAUUCAGGAAAAUUCGGCGCUAUCACCUACAAAAUAGUCGCCGGCAAUGACGCCGACCUUUUUAGAAUAGAAAAAACUACGGGGGAAAUAUUUAUCAACAGACCCAGUUUAUUAUCUGCUAGAGGACAGCCGUAUCACAGAUUAAAUAUCAGUGCUAUCGACGGAGGGAAUUUAAAAUCCAUCAAAGACGCUGAAGUUUUCAUCAGCAUUAUCGACUCAGCUCAGAGGCCUCCUAUAUUCGAACAUACCCGAUAUACCUAUACGGUUAGUGAAAAUGUAAGGAAAGACACUGUUAUUGGAAAUGUUAAGGCGACAGUGUUCAAUAAUGGUAAGUUUCUGAAACUUUUAAUACUUUUGAUAUUGAAACCAUUACUAACUAAUUUCUUAGUCAAUAAUUGUUACUUCUCACUGUAA